AUGGUGGAAAAGAAGCGCAAUCUGUAUAUCUUGAUUGUCGCCUUCGUGGCAUUGGGGUCGUUUGCGUUUGGAUACUCCAAUACCAUUAUCGGAACCACGCUCGCGCAGCCCUCGUUUAUACAAGCGUCCGAAUUCGAAUGCCAUUUCUGGCGCGACCAGUGGCCUCUAUACCGGAGGAGGACGUCAGUACUUCAUACGAGCAUGAUGUGUUUUAUGUCAUUGAGCUGUGGGCUGACGGUCCCCAUUCCUGGGAGCCUUGUGCUCAUCCUGGCUAGCAGAGCGUCUGGGACGGAAAAGUCCAUCUUCAUCGGAGCAUUGACGGCUACUAUUGGCGGCGCUCUCCAGGCUGGCUCGGUAGCGCUGUCAAUGUUUAUUGUCUUUCGCUUUGUCAAUGGUCUUGGAGUUGGUACGGCAGAUUCGCCCAGUUCUUGCUGGAGAGAAGUUGCCGCUGAUGGUCCAAAUAACUCUCUCGUAGGCAUGCUUUUACCACUUGUGCCUCUGUACCAAAGUGAGGUAUCUCCGCCGCAUUCGAGAGGGAUGAUGGUUGGUUUUCAUGGCAUCUGUGUUACUGUUGGAUAUGCUGCUGCGAGUUGGGUUGGCUUCGCCUUUUAUUUCGUCAACGCGAACGGCGCUCAAUGGCGUCUGCCCUUGGCUGUGCAAGCCAUCCCAGCUCUCUUCUGCACCAUUGGGAUUCUGUUCCUCCCAGAAUCUCCUCGUUGGCUCAUCUCACGGGAGCGUUCUGACGAGGCCCUCCGGAUCAUUCAGCGAUUGCAUCGCGAUGAGUCCGAUCCCGACAAUACCUUUGCCUACCGGGAAUAUCAGCAGAUCAGGCAGCAGUAUGAGAUCGACAAGAAGAACGAGGUCUCGUGGAAGGACAUGUUCGUCAAGGCGUCGUAUCGCAAGCGAGUCAUCAUCGGUGUCAUUGUCAUGUUUGCAUCGCAGACGACCGGAACAACCGUUAUAGCAAACUAUGGACCAGAAUUGUAUGGCGCGCUGGGCUUCGACACCACCAUCCAGUUACUCUUCUCCGGCUGCUACGCGUCUCUGGCCCUCUGCGGCAACUGCUUCAAUGCACUGACGAUCGAUUACAUUGGCCGGGUGAACGCGCUCCGAUGUGGGUGGAUCGGCGAUGCCGUCGCGCUGAUCGGAGAAUGCAUCUCACUCAGCAUCUUUCAGCGGACCGGAUCGCAUUCCGCUGCUGUUGCCAGUGUUUUCUUUUUGUUCUUGCACAUCGCGCUCUUUGCCUUUAAUAUCGACGUCACCACCUACGUAUAUACCUCAGAGAUCUUCCCCAACCACAUCCGCGCUAAGGGAAUGGCUAUUGCGAUCGUCGGAUACUUUUCGUCCCUGAUCAUCUACCUGCAAGUAGCACCGACGGCCUUUGACGCCAUCGGAUGGAAGUAA